AUGAUGAAUAUAAUAUUGUUUCUUACUUUAUCAAAUAUAUUAGUCUUUAACUAUGCACAAAAUCAAACAAACUUACUUGGUGAUAUAAUAAAAUCAAGAUGUACUCACUGGAAGAUUGAACAUGGAGCUACUAAUAUAAGUUGUAAUGAGAUCUGGAAUUCGUUUGAGAGCAUUUUAAUUUCUCCUGGUGCUAAAUCAGAAUGUGCUAUGAAACCAAAAUUAUACGAUGAUUUUGUAUAUCAGUUAUUUGAAUUAGAACAACAACAACAUACAAUUCAAACUGAAAUUAUUCAACUGGAUCAAUCAAAAUAA